CAAUGCGGAAGAUAAUAAACGCCGUGCAGUUGUGUGUGGGUGCGCGCACAGUGGCGCGCGCGCGUGAGUAAACCGCGUAGAAGCGCGAGCCACCAAAGAGGGGUUCCCUUUACCUUACAGUCGGCGAAGGGUGCAGAGCAGGGGCUUCUUUUUUCUUCUUUUUAUAUGCGUUUACGCUUGGACAGCAGCGACGGAGAGCUGCAGAGCACCGAGUGGAUACGCGCUCCUUUUGGUCUCCGUCGCGUUUGAACUUUUCUCAAAGUGAAAUGACCAGAUUUGAAGGUUAGAGUGACGCGUCUUUGCGCCUGUAGUCGUGCGCUCUCACGACGAAUUCAGCUCGCCAAUGCCCAAGGAGUGCAGGAGAAAGAGCUCCAAGGACUUCGGGUUCUCGGUGAGUGGGAUAAAUGAGGCGUCUCGUUUAGAGCGAAGAGUGGCUGCCAAGUCUUCGCAGAUUUGCGAUGAGCUCAUUGAGACAGCCGCUCAGAUCGCUCCGUCGUCCGGACCGCCGAUUGUGAUGGAUGCGCCCCGGGUACCGCAGGUCACCAUCACCCCGGAGGGGGGCGGCUGCUCCCGGGAGAUGCAGCAGGAGGACUGGGAUCGGGCGGUGGACGGUACGCUGCGCAGGAAACUGUCCAACUCUUCGAUCUCCUCCACGGGAUCCUCCGCCGUGGAGUCCGAGGAUGAUCUACUGAGUGACAACGAGAGCAAAAGCAAAGGCAUCGUCACUUUAGAGCAUCUGGUGGAGCCCGGAGAAAGCAAACCACCGUGGUGGAAGCUAAAGACGUUCGUCCACUGGCCGUUCAGUGUGUCCCAGAGGAAAAGAAUAAACUGGGUCCAGUUAGCCGGGCAUAAAGGCAACUUCAAAGCAGCAGAUGAGGGCACCAUUCUGAAAAAGUUCUCAGAGAACGAGAUGCAGUGUUUCGAGAAGCUGAGGAAUGACGCAUUGCUCCCGUUUGUGCCUGGAUACCACGGUGUUGUGGAAAAAGACGGAGAGUCUUUCCUUCAUAUGACUGAUUUACUGGCAAACUUUGACCUUCCUAAUGUUAUGGACUGCAAAAUGGGAGUAAGGACCUACCUGGAGGAGGAGCUUGUGAGAGCGAGGGAACGGCCCAAGCCGAGAGAAGACCUCUAUAACAAAAUGGUGGAGGUAGACAGCGAGGGGCCAACUCCUCACGAGCAUUCCCAGCGGGGGGUAACCAAGCCUCGUUACAUGCAGUGGAGGGAGUCCAUGAGCUCCACUAACACCCUGGGCUUCAGGAUAGAGGGAAUCAAGAAAAGUGACGGCACAUGUCGAACUGACUUCAAGAAAACAAGAUCGAAGCGGGAUGUCAUCCAAGUCUUCAAGGACUUUGUCGGUGGAAACGUCAACAUCGUGAAGUCAUAUUUGAGCAAACUGACAGAGAUCCAACAAGCCCUGAAGACAUCAGAGUUCUUCAAGCGACACGAGGUCAUUGGCAGCUCCCUCCUCUUUAUCCAUGACCAUACGGGCAACGCGCAAGUCUGGAUUAUUGACUUUGGCAAGACCACGGCAUUACCAGAGGGCCAGACAUUAAGUCAUGACAUUCCCUGGCAGGAGGGAAACCGGGAGGAUGGUUACCUGUGGGGUUUGGAAAACCUCAUCCACACACUGGAGUCUGUGAGCAGUGCCGCCGGCGCAGAAAUCGGUAGCUCGGUUACCAAAGAAAACAGCCAAAAUACAGAAACACACAGCCAGUGACCUUUGACUCAACGGGUUUAAGGAACAGCAACUAUAUUGAUGGACACUGCGGGAUGGUUUCAGAUAUGAUUGAUUGGUCGGGGUUAUUUUUUUUAAAGCACAGAAUACUAAAAAUGAAAACAAGAACAUGACGGGCAUCAAACGUAGAUCCGAGGCUCAGGUUUUCACCGUUUUAAAUGUAAUGUGACCACAUUUAGCAUCGACACCGAC